UCGUUCUUGUUUCUUUACGGCACUUGUGACAAACCCGGAAGUGUCUGCCAGCGUUUAGGUUGAGCUGCUAAUUUAUCUGGAAACAAAAUAUUUGUGCUGCAAAAUAAAAACUCUUCAAAGAUGUGAAAUCGGACAUCUCCUCACGGGCCGAAUGAUCCGACACAGAUCACGAUUGUUGUGUUACCGUUUUAACUGCUGACUGUAGGUGGUUGAAGGACACCAUGUGGCUGCAGCAGAGGCUGAAGGGGCUUCCAGGCCUGCUGUCCAGCAGCUGGGCUCGCAGGCUGCUGAUUGCACUGCUGGUCUUCCUCAUCCUCUCCUGGUACCUGGGAUCAGAACGCAGCUGGCGUCUGAUCCGUGGCCCAGCUGUUCCAGGAGGGGUGGCUGGCCAGUGUUUGUUGGCUGAGAUCCACAGGUGGAGUUCUAUUGUGGACCGAGGAGAAGGAUUCUACAGUACUGCUCAGGAACAACUGGGCACGCCAUUUGUGUCUGGGAAUGGACACAUCCUGCUGGAUAUUGAUUCCAAUCGUUUAUGGGUGGCUUCAUCGUCACAGGCUGGCUCGGCUCCAGUCCACCAGACUGAAUACUCACCCAGGGUUGGAAUCCAUCUGGAAGGACAGCAGACUGAAGCUAGGGCCACUUUGCUGUGGCUCCGCAAAGGGGCCGUGCUGUCAGUCCGAUGUGUGGUGUCGGCAGCUCUGUACUCAGUCCGGGACUGCGUCACCAUUCGAGAAGAAUUCAUUGCUCACAGAAGUCGACCGAAUGUCUACCUGCAGCGAAUCCAUGUCAACAACCCGUCUGACAGGACUGCCUCCCUCGAAGUUUCCUAUGGCAGUCCCUCUUUUGGCAGUAAGUUCUCCAGCAGUGUGGAGAAGAUGGAUGACAAGGAGAUCAUGCUGUCAUCUGGCAGAGUGCCAAUGGACAACAACCGGAUGGUGCUGGUGUUGGUGGCUACCAAGAAGCUGAGCAGUCGAAUCCAAGUCUCAGCCAAGUCUGACUACACAGACAACAUCCUGUCGGUAGUGUGGACCUCAGAACCCAUUGAUUCUUUAAAGCUGGAUGAGACCUUCAGCUCACUCCGAGAUGCAGCCAAAAAGGAGCUUGGGGAGCUGAUAAGGACCAGUGUAGACCAGCUGCUUGCAGACCACCAACAGGCUUGGGCAGACCUUUUUAUUUCAGGUGUGGAAAUGAGGAAGAUCACAGACUCCCACACCCCGUCCAGCCACACGGUCAACACCACGCUCUACUACGUUCUCGCCUCCACCACGGCUCCUCUACUGGACCGAAGUCUGAGCAGUGAGGAGCGCGCCCGCCUGGAGUCCAGCCUGAACUACGCCGACCACUGCUUCAGUGGCCACGCCACCAUGCAUGCAGAGAACCUGUGGCCUGAGCGGCUGAGCAAUGCCGCGCAGAUCCUCCAGCUUGUCACCCUGUGGACUCUGACGCUUCAGAAGAGAAGCUGCAAGGUGCUGGUGGCAGCCGGCGCUCACGGCACCAUGCAGGGCAUGGUCCUCAGCUUUGGUGGCCUGCAGUUCACAGAGAACCACCUCCAGUUCCAGGCGGAUCCGGACGUGCUUCACAACAGCUACGCGCUGAGGGGAAUCCACUACAACCAGGAUCUGAUCAACCUGGCGGUCCUGCUGGACACGGAGGGGAAGCCUUUCCUGCACGUGUCGGUGAAGCCGCAGGAGACGCCGGUGAAGCUGUACGCCUGCGAGGCCGGCUGCCUUAACGAGCCCGUGGAGCUGACCUCCGAGGUCAAAGGGCACACCUUUCCCGUCAUGGUGACCCAGCCUAUCACACCGCUGCUUUACAUCUCCACAGACCUGCAUCACCUGCAGGACCUCCGCCACACUCUGCACCUCAAGGCCAUCCUGGCCCACGAGGAGCACAUGGCAAACAGGUACCCGGGCCUGCCCUUCCUCUUCUGGUUCAGUGUGGCGUCGCUCAUAAUCCUGUUCCACCUCUUCCUCUUCAAGCUCAUAUACAACGAGUACUGUGGCCCCGGGGCGAAGCCCCUCUUCAGGAGCAAGGUCUCCAGGAAAAGCGAGGACGACGUGGGCGACGCUGCCUGAGUGCUGCGUCCAUGCGCACGUUCACCUCGUGCUUUUUGGCCGAGCUUUUAAAAUUUAAUUAAACUUUUGGCCUCCACACUCCCGCCAUUUGAAGGACGCCACCCUGUGGCUCGUGGCUGUACAUGCACACGGAGGCCACUCGGGGUCUGAGACACAGGAAGGUGGGAGCGGUUCUCAAGCGGUCAGCCGACACAGCAGCAGGUUGUUGAAAGGAAACAUCAUGUUUAUUGUUGUGAGACAUCAAAAUGUGAAAUCGACUUUUAGCAGCAAGUCGCAGAGCGGUGUGCUCGCCUGCAGGGCAUUAUGGGAGGAAGUGGACUCACGCACUUGAUUUCUCUCACUGAAAAUGUAAUCGUGUGUGUGUGUAUGUUUUUGGGAUUUCUGCUGAGUGUUAUGACCUUUGACCCCUGGCUGCAGCCUGAUGUUGAUCUGUGCUCAAAGACAAACCAGGUUUCUGGAUCUGUGAUGUGAAGCCGUCUUAUCAGGUGCAGGACUAAAAGACCGUUACUUCUGGUAGCAUGUGAGGGAUGUUUUAAAGUCUGAUGGACUGACUUCACGUUAUUACAGAAAAUACACUAAAAACAUGCUCCUGUCAAAUGGACUGAGUCUGCGUUUGGGAUGUCUGGUUGUCCCAUUCAGGCCUGUGAGACCCUGAACAUCAUCGGAGAGGCGACUUGAACAAGAAAACUGUCCGUGUGAAGUCAUUUGGCUGAAAAAGACACAAACGUGUUUCCAGUUUUUUUCUCUUUAAGGAGAUUUAAAAACACAAAACUGGUCAAAGAAACUGAUCUUUGAAAGAAUCCCGUUUCCCUCAUUUAUUUCCGUACUCAGGUUUACGUACAAAAGCCUCCCCACAGCUCAAAGCUAACAUGGAAUGGCGAGUUUUUACUCUGGCUUUUGGGUUCUGGAGACUCUUUAAAGUCUGAUGAAGAAAACAUCGUUUAAAUUUGGCCACAGAGUGUCGAUGAUCGGAACAAACAUCCACUUGAGAUUUUACACUUUGCUUGUUGAACUUGUGAACAAACAUCAGUCUGUUUUCACAAAAAAAAUACAGCAGUUUUUAUCUUUUUAUGGAUGUUUAAUAUAGUAUGUCAUAAACUGAAAGAGCAGAUUUCAUGGUGUAUGCUGUCGCCAUUGACAAUGCACAGCUAGGCCCUGCCCACAGCUAACAGCCAGCGUCUACAUUUAAGACAAAAUAAAGAUUCACUGACUUUCACAAUUGAAAAUGUUUGUUGUUGGAGUUCGCAGUCGGCUGAGCUGAUGGUGUUUGUACGAGGGGGUGGAGCUGCCCACAGGCGCACAGAACCGUUGUCUGGUUUGUCUUUGUGAAAACAGAACCCAGUGCCAGUGGCCACAGAGAAAACCGUUGAAGUGGGCGUGGCCCAUCAGGUGACCGAGGUGGUGUUUGAUUUCCUGAGUGCCUUAAUGAAGAAGUUAAUUUAUUCACAUUGUAAUCAUCUUCUUGAUUGUUGGAACUUGAAUGUUGUUGAUUUUGUAAAGUUGAUGCAUAAAGUCAUGUUUGGGUGAAUAAAUCACUGAUGGUUGUGGAAA